AUGUCGCAAACUAAAAUUACGGCCUUACAGCCGGCGCAGGCUACGAUGCCCGCUCAGAGCUCCUCGAACUCUACGACGACGUCGCGGCCGAGAGGCCCUCCGUUGCACAAGAUUUACGAGUUGCCUGCUCCCAUACGGACAUUCCCGCUUCCUAGCUUUUAUCCGAAUAAUCCAAUUUCUCUAUUCCAUGUCCUUUUCGCUUGGACGAAACAAGCCUUGUUCCCACCGCCUGCUGAACCGUCCAUUGUGCACGAGGGUAUCUGGUCCCCAGAAUCCAAAUCUGUCAACAUCACCGACGAGAAGUCAAUGCGCGCGCUGUGGGAACAAGGGUUCUACGGCAAGGGCAACUUGAGUCGAAGUGAGCCCAACUGGUUGAAGCGCGAGCAUGUCAGACGAGGACUUGUCCCAGGCCAGGUCAGCGAGUUGGUAACGGCAAACAGACGUGAAGAGCGAAGGCAGAUGAAAUGGGAGAGAGCCAAGACAGAACAAGAAGCUAUCAGACAACUGCGAAUCCAGGAAGCCCAGCUGGCGACUCAGGUGUCAGGGGAUGGGGCAGUUGAUCCCCCUGCCUCGGCCGCUGAGGCUGAGGCCACCCUUGAUGCAACAAACAAUCAUGUUCCUGAGCGAGAAGCCUCGACAGAUGCGGAUGCCCUGCCUGAGCCACUUGUUUCCCUUAAAUCAGCGCUCGCCGCCAAGUCCAACCACCUCCAAACAAAUGGUGUCGAUACGACAGCAGUGGCGCCCGUCGCCGGGCCUGAGGCCAUCGGCCAGAUGACUGCCGAACCCUCUACCUUCCAAAGGACAUCUACAUCAGCUAUCGAGCCGGCCAAGAUCGUCAAGCCCAGUGACUUCCUUCAUUCGGUUCAGAAUCCUGAGGUUCUUGUCGAACCCGAAAGUGCUCUGCCGUUGGAUGAGAUGCCUUUGGCUUCACAUCCUCUUGUACGGAGUGCCCCUGUUGGCCCCUUGGAACUGCUAUGCCUCCCCAACUCGCACACUCUGUCUGCCACAACAGGCUUGGUCGAAGUUGAGGAACUGAAUCGUGGUGCUCAACAAGUCAAUGGCUACCACCAGGCUGCGGUACAGGACGUUGGUCUCGGUUCUUUCGAGCUUGACGCUAAGGAAUUACCCGUCAACGGCAUCACAACUACAUCAGUGAUUGCCUCACCGGUGGGACCUUUUGAGCUUCUGUCUCUCCCUAACGCCGAGCUACCUGUGACCAACGGAACGACGAAUGAUACCGACAGCCCUAUCGCCGACAUUACUCUCUCCGAAACACCUAAGCUCUCGACGAUUCACGAAGACGCGGGCUUGAAUGGUCACCUGAUCAAGGACUUGAUAACGAGUACCAAUGGCGAGAAGACCGUUCAUCAAAAUGGGUUGAACGGGGUAGCCAAAUCCGCUGCCAGCUCUGUCGAGAUCCCGUCAACACCAAAGUCGGCCAAGCGCCGCAAGAGCGUUCGUUUCUCGCCCAAGGUCGAGUCAGCCACAUAUCAGCUGUCCGACCCCCCUAGUCCCAGCCUCGCUCUCUUCAAUGGAACCAACGGAAAGACGACACCGCCUGUCAACGGCACGCCACUGGGUCCUAGUGUCUUGGAGACAGAUGCUGAUGACGCGGCUACAUCUAACGACAUCAAGAAGCUCGAGAAGCUACCCGAGGUCACUGCAGAGCCAGUCGAGGUGGUGAAUAAGGAACAUCUUCAGCUCACAUCCGAGGAGGCUUUCUUUCUGGCUUUCGGCAUGGGUGCUCUUCGAGUCAUCGACCCUGCCACCAAGGCACCGAUUCCAACCCCCGAGCUCUUCGACCUCUUUAGACAAUACUCUUAUUUCCCACGUCGCCCUACCGAAGAGCUCCAACCGGACGAUGGGUUCCUGGUGAAUUACGCCGUGUACCAUCACUUCCGCUCCUUGGGAUGGGUUCCCAGAGCGGGUAUCAAGUUCGGCGUCGACUGGAUGUUAUACGCCAAAGGACCCGUGUUCGAUCACGCAGAAUUCGGCGCCAUCCUCCUGCCAUCCUAUUCGCACCACUGGUGGAAGGAUAGUGACCGCAAGCUGCCGCGCAAGACCUGGCACUGGCUUCACGGGGUCGUCCGUGUCCUAUCCCACGUCCAGAAGAGCUUGGUCUUGGUCUACGUCGACGUUCCGCCGCCUCCCCAAUUAGAAGAGGCGAUGAAGAAGGGCCCGGCCGAGGUCUUCAAGCUGUACAAGAUUCGCGAAGUUAUGGUCAAGCGGUGGUCAAGCAACCGCAACAGAUGA